AUGGCCCACGACCUUGAGGCAGAUUUGGAGUGGUUUUAUCGCCAUUCCGAUCCAUUGUUCUUAGAACGCAACUUGGAAAGUGCCCUUUCCAGCGAACGCCGAUUGCUCGGUACCACUGCAUCCACGUUGGCCAGAACCGUCCACAGCGGGAAAGGUCGCGUCGUAGACCCCGGCGAGAAGGUCCCCAGCUUCAAAGCUAUCUCGGAGCUCUGCCAGCCAUCCAAAAAGCCUAAAAUUGCCUCAGCUGAUGGGUUGCAGGGCGAGCUCUGGCACAAAUCGGCGAAAAAAGCUGAGAAAAAGUACACCCCAUCCCCAAGCCGUCCCAUUGUGGACCCAAAAUAUCGCAAUUUUCAAAGAUUGUGUGUCGUUGGUACAAGCGUAGGGAAGUUUGUCUCUCGUGUUGAAGGGCUUUUGGUCCUAAGUAUUCAGACUGGCCACAGAAUAGUCGAGCUGAACAUUACUACUGGGCGGCCCGUUCACUUUAGGACAACUCUCGAAAACAAAUCCUUCACUAAUUCGCUGAUACUUUUAAAGGGUAACCAAGUGAGCGUUACAACCAAAACUUUGUCCGAAAAGUUCCCGGAGCCAAGGUCCGGUGUGCCCCAGGUCAACGCUCAUCUGUACCUUCGUUCUGUCACAAGCACCUCGGAAUACACGGGUGAAAUUCUGGUUCAGAACAACUCCCAUCUGCUGUCACCGCUCGAUUCUGCCGAUUCGCCAAUUGAACUGGCCAUGAGCUUUUCAAUUGUCAAUCUGUCGAGCGUCUCGCCAACAAGCCUGACAUACAGUUUUGGUGAACGCAUUUUAGGCCCCUAUAAAGAGCUGCAGUGCCCCUUCACUGGUAGAAAGUUCUCCUCCUUGGGCAAGCUCUUGAGUUUCCAUGCCCGCUAUCACCCCAGCUUAGUUUUUCGGCCCCAUCAGUCCCCUAACUGCGAGCUCACUAUCACCAUCACUCCCCACGCAGACAACGUAAAGCAUUCCGAGAAAAUGGCUUUCCUGGAGGAUAGUGCUGUUGCCGGUCUAGACGAGUUUUAUUAUGUUAGCCCCUUCUAUGGUGCGCAGUCUGCCGCAAUAGAGGAACUUACCCCGAAAGAAUGCUUCUUUUCCUAG